AUGGCGACCACAACCAAACCCCAAAAGGCCUCGCCUUAUCUUUUCAUCUACAACACUCUCUUCGCGCUUGUUCGUAUCGCUCUUUUCGUCAGAACAACUUAUUUAUGGACACAGCAGGGCAACGGCGCUGUGUGGGAUGAACUCAACGUCACGGCGCGAUGGACAGAGACUUUUACGGUGAUGGAAGUGCUUCAUGCGGUGGCAGGUCUUGUGCGCGCAGCACCAGCUACUACGGCAUUACAAGUCGCUGGACGAAACACCAUUAUCUGGGCGAUUACGAGAAACUACCCCGAAGUUGGCUUCAGAGAGGAUGCAUACAGUUUUAUGCUCAUGGCGUGGAAUGCAGCUGAUGCGGUGCGAUAUCUGUAUUUCACGCUUCAGACGGGAACGGGAUCUGUGCCAGCGUCUUUGACAUGGUUGAGAUACAACAUGUUUAUCGUGCUCUACCCUAUCGGUAUCCUUUCGGAAAUGAAGCUUGUUUACGAGGUUAUUGUACCUUCUCAGGCACGAAACCCCAUGUAUCAGUAUUUGUUGUGGUUUGGAUUGGCUAUUUAUGUUCCUGCGUUUUACAUCCUUUUUGGACACAUGCUGGCUCAGAGGGCAAAGUUGAACCGGUCUAUUUCCAAGAAACAGUCUUGA